CCAGUCAUUAGAUCAGCGUCGAUAUGUACACAUAAGGUCGUAUGUGUUUAAGCGUUUACGGCGUAAUUAUUAUUAUUAUUAUUAUUAUGUACGUUUAAGUUUACGCGUGUCGUUAAGUAGAAGCGCUUAUAAAGACGUACAGUGAAUAAAUGGAUGCUCGAAUGAGCCCGUGGCAAAGCUAUAAUUUCUUCCCAGGGGAACACUACAAAUUUGACAAUAUCUUCGACAAAAGAGAAAUAACCAAGAUUCCACAAGAGACUAAAGAGAGCGAUGCUGAAAGGAAAGCCCGUUUAUUAUGGGAGCAGGAAAAAAUGGAAGAAAAGGCUCAAAAGAAGCGGCUAAAGAAGCAGAGACAGAAAGAACGGAAGCGCCAGGAGAAAAAGGAGAAGGAAAAAGAGAACACCCAGUCCGACGAGGAGGAGAGCCUGGCCGUCGGCGAUGAAUUGCGUGAAUGCGAGGGAGCCCGGCCAGAAGUCGUUGAAGAAGACGCUGCAGAGGAAGUGGGAACGGAAGUGGGUUCUGUUGGCAAAAGUGAUUCCAGCAACGGCAUGUCUUGCGACGUUGAGGUGGAGCUUGAUUUGACAAGUUGUUUCGUGAGUAAAGCUUCCCAAAUAGUUCAGCGUAAGUUGGGGGAGAAAGCUAAGAAGAGGAAGAAGAAAAAGGAGCCGGUCAGCAAAGAAAAUCUUCCAAAGGACUCUGAAAAGCACUUCGAGGAGGAGGUGUCUGCAGGCAAAAACGCCUCGCCCGAUAAUAUUAAAACAAGCACCGAGCUGGCUGCUCAUGGGAAUAAGUGCGCUAACGCUGGAGAUUUUGAGUCGGCGGUGUCUUAUUUUACCCAAGCAAUCAAGUAUAAUCCAAAGGAAUUCAAGUUGUUUGGAAAUCGCGCAUUCUGUUUGGAGAAGUUGCAGAAAUACGACAAGGCCCUGGCCGAUGCCGAGUUGUCACUCAGUUUGUCGCCGGGUUGGAUGAAAGGACUUUUUCGCAAGGGACGAGCUUUAGGGGGUUUAAAGAGGUACGAGGAGGCUGUCCAGGCCUUCCGGGAGGUUCUGAAGCAGGACAGCUCUUGUGCUGAGGCCGCCCAAGAAAUGAUGCGGGCGCAGAUCAUGCAGCUCACGGACUACGGCUUCCCGCAGGAGCAGAGUUCAAAUGCCUUAAUUCUACACGGGACGGUGCCGAAAGCCCGUCAGGCUCUGUCGAGCUUAAAUCCACAUAUCAAAAUCCCGGAGACGGUCCAGAACACGUCCGGCCUCCAAACUCAAGAGGAUUAUCGUCUUUCCUUUGAGCCUCCAAGGGAACUGUUCCCGGUGUGGGUAGGCAACCUGACCCAGGCAGUGACAGAACAGCUCCUCUUCGACCUGUUCAGCAAGGUGGGUUCGCUUCACAGCGUCAAGCUCCUGCUGGACCGACGCUGCGCCUUUGUCAACUUUACGCAACCGGAUUGCUGCGAUGAAGCCAUCCGCCGAUUUCACGGCUUGAAGCUGAUGGGCGAGUGGAUCGCCGUUAGGUAUCCCGAUCGGAUCCCCGUGGGCAGGGGCUUCUCCAAGUUGGCCCUCAAAUCAAGACAUCCACAAUGACGAUUCCCGGGCGAAUUCGAGGAAGGGAGUGGCUCCACGACCCAACAGACAAUAAAAGAAGAAAAAAAACGGGGACUUUUUAAAAGCAUCCCACACCCCGUUUUAUCUUUCUUCUCCCCAACCCCCCCAUCAAAAUGAAACCAAACCAGCGGAACAGUGGAGCAACCGGUUAGAGCGUUGGCCUCACGGUUCUGAGGACCGGGGUUCAAAUUCCGCUCACUCCUGUGGGGAGUUUGCAUUUCCUCCCCACGCCGGCGUGAGUUUUCUCCCAAAUCCCCCACAAAAACAUGCGUUCAUUGGAGAGUCCAAAUUGCCCGUAGGUGUGAUUGGGAGUGUGAACGGUCGCUCCUGCUAUUGGGCGGCAACCGGUUCAGGGUGUACCCCGCCUCCUGCCCAUUGACAGCUGGGAUAGGCUGCAGUACUCCCUGUGGUCCUUGUGAGGAUAAGCUUUUGAGAAAAAUGGAUGAAUGGGGGGAACUGAAGUUUUUCCUUUGGAAAUUGAAAAGUUUUAUUUUGAAGUUAUGACAUUCAUGGUGUAGAUGUUUAGAAAAGUAGGACCCUUGUUAUAUUUUAAAUGUAUGUUUAUUCUGAGAGCUAUUUUUGACGCGCAGUAUGACUUUUUUUUCCCAAAAAUGUUUGGGUUUUUUUUUUUCUCUCUAGAUGGUACCAAUUUUAUGUUGUGAUAUCUGGAUUUUGUUCUUGUAAGGAAGUGUCGUCUAUCGUUGCUGUUAUUUUGGGCUUGUCGGUAAGUGUUUUUUCCAGUUGAUGCAGUGAGUGAGUGAGUGAGUGUUAGUCCUUUUAAUCUGGGGGGGGGGGGGUGUUAACGCAGACAAAAUGGCUGACGACGAUGACAAGUCACUGGAGAGGAAGUUCAAAUAGUAUUUGGCUAUAUUUGGAAUGGCUUUUUAUAGCCCUCCGCGAUUGGGAAAUGUGCCAUCAACGUUGUUUAUUUAAAGUGGUAAACUUUUUAAAUUGCACUUUUUUUUUUUAACUACAGCAUUUUCCCCUCACGAUAUACUCCCCCCCCCACCAUUGUGUCAAAGUGUGUUCAUUGUUCAGUUGUGGUUCUAUGAAGGAAAAAAAAAUAUCUCAAAAUUCAAAAAAUAUCAGACUGCCAUGAUAUUAAUUAUUGAUAGUGACACCAUAUUAAGUGAUAACGUCAUGAUUCAUGGCGAUGUCAACUGAAUAUGUUCACCUUUUCGUGGUUCACAGAGGAAAAAUAAUGUUGCACAACUGAUUAUGCACCACUAUGACAUUGAUUGAUUGGUAAUGAUAUUUAGCAAGGCUAAUCAAAAUGCAUUUUACAUUAUUUGCUUUGUGUUCCUGAGAAAAGUGGCCUGAAGUUACCAAAAUAUCAGAAGGCACUGAUGUGAGUGACGGUCAUGUGGUAUCUUGCUUAGAUUUUAUUUCUUUUUUGGGGGCUGGACUUUCAUGUAAAAAAAAAAAAAAGACAAA